AUGAUUGUGAAGUGCUGUGUAGAUGGUUGUCCCUGGGAAAUUUCAGCAUAUGGUGUAGGUGAGAAUAAUGGAUUCCUAGUUGUGAGAAGAUUUAACUAUGAACACUUGCAUUAUGCACAAGACAACUUAGUUGUCCCUCAGAGAAAGAGGUGCAAACUUGCUUCAGCAGUCAUAAUAGAUGAGUUGAUUUCUUGCAUGCACAAAGCUCCAAAUGACAUUAGACGGGAUUUGGAAAGAGAGUAUGGGUUGAGGCUCAACUACCAACAAGCAUAUAGGGCGAAAGAGAAAGCAUUGGAAAAAAUCAUGAGAAGGUUUUUGAAAGGUGGCAGACCUGUAUUAUAUGUGGAUGGAUGCCACUUGAGUGGUCCGUACAAAGGAACGUUAUUGGGAGCACAAGCGUAUGACGCGGAUAAUGAAUUAUUCCCACUUGCAUAUGCGAUUGUUGGAGGUGAGACGCGCUUGAUGACUGGGCAUGGUUUCUUGGGGAAAGAGGGGACCAGCGGACAGACAAAGGAAGUUGCACUAAAAUUACUUGAUUCUAUUGCAUACGCAAGACUUGAUAGAGACUUUGAUUGCAGUAUGGAAAAGCUAAUGGCAUUUUGUCCAGAAUUAGGACAAUGGCUUCAAACAAAUGGAGACAUUGAGCGUUGGGCACAAAGCAAAUUUCCUUACAAGAGGUGGGACAAUAUCACAACAAAUCUAGCGGAAUCCUUUAAUGCUUGGCUUGUUGGUGAGAGGAAGCACAACAUAGCUGUCUUGAUACAUGAGCACAGGGAAAAAUUGGCAAACAAGAUGUACCACAGCAAAGAAGCCAUGACGAAUUGGAGCAAUGGUGUGGGACCUAAUAUAGAGGAAAGUUGA